UCAAUCAUAAAAGUACCAAGUUUUCGUGUUUCACUUUCACUAAGGUUUCGCACAUGUGUUUUAAAUUACAAUUUUCUUUGUGAAUUACCAUUGAAAGUUAUUUAAUAAUACCCAAGAAUACUUUGAAAUUUGUUAAGCUAUUUAUUAUUGAAAAGUGAAAUAUUAAAUAUGGCUACUGCAUAUGGAAUUCACUUGGGAAAUAGCUCUGCCUGUUUGGCCGCCUACUCGAAUGGUGCUUCUACUGUAAUUGCAAACGAUGCAGGUGACAGAGUUACGCCAGCUAUUGUAGCUCUUAACGGCUCGGAAUGGGAAAUUGGUCUCACCGCAAAAUCUGGACAGGCACUUUCCAAAGCCAUCAUAAAACAUAACAAAAGAUUAAUGAAUUGUGACUGGACUGAAGAAGAUUUUUCUUAUGUUGAAGUAUCUUCAUCUUGCCGCAUUCAAAAUGAGGAGAAGCUGACAUAUGAAUUUGAAACAAGUGAAACAACUCAAUACUCUGAUCCUGAUAAUAUUGCCACUAAGAUUUUUGCUAAAUUAUUUACCAUAGCUAGUCAUUCUAUGAGUAACGAGAGUGAUUUGAAGUUAGUUAUGGCUGCACCGCUGUAUUGGUCUAAUGAGAGCAGAAACAGACUAGUGCGAUGUGCAGAAUUGGCUGGAUUUGAUGUUCUUCAAGUAAUAAGUGAGCCUGCUGCUGCCUUAUUGGCGUAUAAUGUGGAGGAAAGUAUUGAAGAUAUAAAUGUAUUAAUAUAUCGACUUGGUGGUUCAUCUUGUGAUGUUUCAAUUGCAAAAGUAUCUAGUGGAUUUAUUACAGUUGAAAAAAAUAUAUUUAGAUCGGAUCUAGGAGGACAGUGCAUCACAAAAGAUUUGGCAGACUACAUCGCUCAAGAAGUGAAGCAAAAGUGGAAAUUAGAUCCGCAAGAGAGCCGCAGAGCAAUGUUCAAACUGUUGCAUCAUGCAGAUAAUUGCAAACACAUACUUUCUACCCUUAGCUCUGCACAUGUUUUUAUUGAAUCACUAAUGGAUGGUGUGGACUGGAGUCAAAAUAUUUCCAGGGCGAGGUUUGAGAAUAUUCUUUCUUCAAAAUUAUCAGCAUAUAUAGAACCGGCCCAAAAGAUUAUUGAUAGUUUUGAGGGAAAAAUCCACAAGAUAGUUUUGUGUGGAGGAAGUAUGAAGAUUCCUAAACUGCAAUCUGCCAUAGGCAACUUACUGCCAGAUGCGGAAGUUCUUUCUGGCAUAAACCCUGAUGAAGUAAUCGCUAUGGGAUGUGCCCGUGAGGCUGGGUUGUUACUUGAUGUACCAGAGUUUAACUUGAAUGAUUUAAAUACUGAAGUUGAAUUCUUAGGCAAAGACAUAUACUUGAAGUAUUUGGAUCAGACAGUGCAGUUAUUCAAACAGGGCACACCUCCUUUUACACAAAAUGUGUGUAAUGUUGAGGCAGGUCAAGAUGUGAAGGACUUGAGUGUUAGUUUACAUGAGGAUCCUAGUGGAGAAAAAUUUGCAGAGGAGACAUUUAAUAUAGAAAGUCUGAACAAACCAUUUACAUUAAAAGCCACAUUGCAACAUUCAAAAGUUAUGUUGCAAUUAGAGUGAAUUUAUACCAUGUCACCCUGUAAAUAAAUUGGAAAUUAAUAAAUAACAUAUAACAAA